CAAAGUCGCCAAUUGGCAAUUUGCAAAAAUGGCGCGACCCCACAUACAUGAUACCUGACAGAAGCAUGCAUGAGCACCAUGAUCAUGAUUCAUGGCAGACUUCGUUCAACAUUUAGCUGACCAUUUGUGCUCAUGCGGUCAGCAGGCCAGGGCGCUAGCGGCUAGGUUUGCAGGCUCAUGAGGCAGGGCGGCCAUGUUGGUUGGCACGAAGAGAAAGUGCGCAGGCAGAACCGCUCAAUGCGGAAGUCAGAACCCUGUUGCUCUCUGAAAGAACUUCAGCUGACUGAUGUCAACAAUUGUGUCGUACGUGUAGAAUGAUACCGUAGUGGUACCGAAAUACUGCGCGCAUUGUAGAAGAAAAACCAUCUGAAGAGCGUGGAGGCCAUCAGUAUACAUGUCGCUUGUCCUGUUCCAAAGUAAGGACGGCCUCGUUCAAUCCUCAAUGGAAAGAGACGACCACGAUGAUUGGGGCCCCCACGAUGUGAGGGUCCAGAUUGGCGUGGGAGAGGAAGACGAGUUCAUCCAUCUCCACAAGUCCGUCCUGAUUAAGCACUCGGGUUUCUUUGCUGCGCUGCUUUCCAAGCGAUGGCCGAAAGGCAAGUGCAGCGAUGGGAUGCCUCUCAUCAUUCUCGGCGUCAAAGAUGAUAGGGAGGCAGUGACUCCAGCCAAGGGCCCAGCUCCUGACACGGCCGCGAAGAAUGUGGCCGCGUCUAGUUCUAAAGACGUGAGCUCCCCCGCGGAGAGCAAGCAGGACGCUUCAACUUCAGCUGCCCCUGCGAACGAUGACGUCGCGAGUACUGGAGAAGGGGAUGGGGAGAAUGACGAGAAGAUUGACGAGGACAGCGGGGACGAAAAUGAAGAGGAGAAUGAAGAAGAGGAGGAGGAGAGCGAGUACUACCGGGGGGUGCUCAGGGCGCGGUACAACGCGUACAGCAUCGCACUCGACCUCAUGUACUAUGAGAACUACAAGGCAGUGAUUGACACUGUCGCGAUCGCGCUUGAUCUUUUGGAGGUGGCGGCGGAGCUGCAGUACGAUGCACUCAUCGAGUAUUGCUGCACCUUCCUGGAAGCGUCCCGGUGGAGCGAAGAUGAGCUGGUUCGGAUCCAGGAUGCGAUCAGACCGCUGCAGCUUCCGGCUGCCAGGGAGUUGCUUCAGAGGGCGGAGCCUGUGAGCGGGUCGAACUGCAUAGAGACGCUCAAGGUGGCGUUUCUGUCGGCGCUGGAGCAGGACAAGGACUACCUCAGAGGCACCUUCCACAAGCUCCUCUCCACCGCUGUCUCGGAGCUCGGCGAUGAGCUUCUGGUCGCGUCCUUCCUCGACGUCGUAACGGCGAAGAUAGACGGAGCUCUGGCUGAGGUGGCGACGGGACUGGCGAUGCCCUCUGCGGGUUCCGGCCCCUCCGCCCGUCGGCGCACGUUCCUCAAGUACCACGUGGAGAAAGCGCUCUGGAUCAUGGGCGUGCUCCGGGAGAUGGGGGCGAUCCCUGAGAUCGUAUUUGCGUGGUCCAAGUGCCGCAGUUGGCUGCCCAAGGCGAUCCCCGAGACUGAGUGCAAGCGGCUGGUGGGCCAGUUCUCGCUGGAGGUGCUGGAGGGUUUGGUCGGCCCUGAGAAGGGCGCCAUCGCGUGCGCCAGCAUGUCCACGCUCGGCCUGCGGCCGCCCCAGCUCAGGUCCGCUCUCGUGGACAUGAUCGCGAUGUCGUGGGGCCUCAUCAACGACGCUCUAGCGUCCGAAGCGGACAACAGCCCCCAAUACGACAAAACCACCGAAAUCGCCAAGCGGAAGGUCCAAAAGAACAAGUUCAGAGAGCUGCUGCAAACGCUGCCCGACGCGAACGAACUGCUCACGAAAUGGUUCCAGGAGAAGAGCUACGCGCAGCUGGUCAAGUCCGUGGACUUGAGUCCGUCGUUCGAGGUGUUUUGCCGGAGAGUGCGGGCCGGCAAGCGGAAGCUGCAAGAAGCGGGUUAAUGGCGGCUGAGCUUCGUGUCAGUGUACAGCGGUUUUUGGUAGUGCAUAAGAGAAGAGUUUCCAUUCGUGGGAUGUCUGCUGCUCCCACUUUUUGGAGCUUAGUUGCGAAGACUACCUUGGGCCCUCAGUCAGUCGUGUGUAACAUAAGUCGAAAGUCCAGAAAGUCAAGCUGGUGCAUGUGUUCCCUUGCGCCCCAGUGUGUCUGGAAAGUUGUGGAUCUUUUACGACCAAAGUCCAGUGUAAUUGACCAGCUUCUUCUGAAGUUCAGAGUGUACACGAGAGUCGGCUGGGUUCAAAUUGAUUCUAAGUCUUAAUGUGCCUGUGUCACUCGUACGUAGGUUGACGGUUUACAUUUCAGACGGUGCAUGAACUUCAAUGACAUGUAUCUGGCAAUACUGAUACCACUUAGUAUACAAGGCUAGGGCGGCAUAUCCU